AUGUAUGCACCCAAUCGAUUCCUUUCCUAUCAAAGUUCCAAAUGUGUGCUUCAAUAUUUGCCAGCAGCGUUAAGAUUCGAGUUUUCCCAUCGAUGUCCGGGAAUCCGUUCAACAGACAAUUUGACUCCUCUCCGAAUUCGAAACUUUCGUAUCAGCUCUCUAACGAUAACAGUUGAUGAUGUUCGAUACAAAAUAGGAGUUAUCAAACAGUACCAUAAUGAGGAUAUCCCAAUGCAAUGUGAUAAGAGAAACUCUGCUGGUGGAUUUAGGUAUGAUGUUGAUCAAUAUGGAUUGCUAAUAAACAAGGAACCAUUUGAGCAAUGCCCUGAUGAGAUCAUUUUUCAAACUGUGGCAAAGAAACGAAUCUUCUAG